AUGGCGGAUGGAGACAGCGGGAGUGAGCUCGGUGGUAGCAGCGGGGGAGGAGGAGGUGGAGGUAGCGGCGGAGGUGGAGGAGGAGGAGGAGGAAUGGGUGGAGGUGGAGGAGGUGGUGGAGGAGGAGGCGGCGGCGGCGGCGGCUUCCAACACUUCCAGCGUGACCAGGAGACUCAGGAGCUGGCGUCCAAGCGUCUCGACAUCCAAAACAAACGCUUCUAUCUGGACGUGAAGCAGAACAACAAGGGCCGCUUCAUCAAAAUCGCCGAGGUGGGUGCGGGAGGCUCCAAAAGCCGGCUCACUCUCUCCCUGUCGGUGGCUGCGGAGUUCCGGGAUUACCUCGGCGACUUCAUCGAGCACUACGCCCAGCUGGGGCCGAGCAGCCCGGAGCAGAUCGCACAGUCGACCGGCGCUCCAGGAGAGGAUGCAGGGCCGAGGAGAGCUCUGAAAAGUGAGUUCCUGGUCAGGGAGAACCGUAAGUACUACUUGGACUUGAAGGAGAACCAGCGUGGGAGGUUCCUUCGCAUCAGGCAGACGGUCAACAGAGGGCCUGGGUUUGGUGUUGGGGGCCCAGUGGGUGGCAUGCUGGCUGGUCAGACCAUUGCACUUCCUGCACAGGGGUUAAUAGAGUUCAGAGACGCCCUUGCAAAGCUCAUAGACGACUACGGAGGAGAUGAUGAUGAGCUGGGUGGCGGUGCGAGCUCUGCAGGAGGAGGAGUGGGUUACAACGAGCUCCCAGAAGGCACCUCCAUCAUGGUGGACUCCAAGAGGUUCUUCUUCGACGUGGGCUCCAACAAGUAUGGGGUGUUCCUGCGGGUGAGCGAGGUCAAGCCCAGCUACAGGAACUCUAUCACCAUCCCCUUCAAGGCGUGGGGCAAGUUCGGAGGAGCCUUCAGCAGAUACGCCGAGGAGAUGAAGGAGAUCCAGGAGAGGCAGAGGGAUAAGAUGUACGAGAGGAGAGGAGGAGAGGAGUCAGAGGGGGACGACGUGGAUGACGAUUGAAGAGGAAGAAGAGGAGGAAAAAGAGGCUAUUAAAUUAGGAUAUGCAACAUAAAAGGGGGGGGGGGGUGAUUUUGCAGAGAAAGUGCAUGACAAAUCGUGCUGUAAUAGCCUACUGAAAAAAGCAAAUGUGCAAGAGGGGAAAUUAUUGGUGUAUUAUCCUAAAAACAAGAAAAAAGGAAAAAAAAGUUUGUUAGAGGAGAGAGAGAGGGGGGGGGGUAGGGGGGAGGGG